GUGCUAACAAUUAACAGAUUCUCAUCAAACUUUUAUUUUCCAACUAAAUACUUUUCUAUCACUUCUUCUUUUCUAUCACUUCUACUCAACCACAAUCAAUCAAUCCACUCAUUAUAUCAAAAUCUCAGGCAAUCAAUCUUAAUCGCCGGCGCGCAUUGUCGCUCUGGCGAAGUCUCCUCUGUUUGGCUUUCUAUUUUCAGAACUGGAGCAAGUCGAUCAAACCCGUGAGGGAUUAAUAAUUCUGAUAUAAGAAAAUAUUGAAAUGAGCAGAUACAAGAACUAUAGUACAAAAUGAAUAAGUGGUGAAUGAAAGAGGAUUCGUCAACUGGUAGUUACUCUACAACUAUUGAUGCUCUACGAAUUUGGCUCUUAGAACCAGCGAUUGGUUUGUGGAGUAGAAUUUCAAGGUGAUGGAGUUUAAUGAUGGUUUUGUACCGAAUGAGCAUCGACAACAUGCACAAUCCACUUCAGAAAGUGUAGAUCCAUUCUAUGUUUCUCCAUUGCAGGUUUCGGUCAAUGAAAAGUCUCCUGCGUCACACAGCAAAGAAGGUCCAAGCAAGGGGAGCCCGUUCAAGUCCGAUAAACAUCCAAAUUCUCUCUUUCUUGCAGCUGGAGAAGCUCUUGAUACAUAUUAUGAUUGUUCUGUUGAUCCUAAUCCAAACUGUGAUGGUAGUGAGGAAUAUGAAGAUAGUAGUGAGAAACAAUUGGCUGGAAAUUUUGAAGAGUACAAGAAGGCGGCUACGGUAAUAGUGGAGGAAUACUUUGCAACAGAUGAUGUUACCUCAACAGCCAAUGAAUUAAGAGAACUUGGAAUGCCUUGCUAUAACUAUUAUUUUGUAAAGAAAGUUGUGAGUAUGGCAAUGGAUAGACACGACAAAGAGAAAGAAAUGGCUGCUGUUCUUUUAUCUUCUCUAUAUGCUGAUAUAAUUGAUCCUUCACAGGUUUACAAAGGGUUUAGUAAAUUGGUGGAGUCUGCAGAUGACUUAAUUGUAGAUAUACCUGAUACAGUUGAUGUUCUUGCGUUGUUCGUAGCUAGAGCUGUGGUUGAUGAUAUUCUCCCACCUGCAUUUCUAAAAAAGCAAAUAGCUUGUUUGCCUGCAGAAUCUAAAGCUGUUGAUGUGGUAAAAAGAGCUGAAAAGUGCUAUCUAGCAGCCCCUCUUCAUGUAGAAGUUAUUGAGCGUCGAUGGGGAGGUAGCAAGAAUAAAACAGUUGAGGAUGUGAAGACUAAUAUAAAUAAUUUACUGGUAGAGUAUGUGGUGAGUGGUGACAAGAAAGAGGCUUUCAGAUGCAUUAAGGAUUUAAAAGUUCCUUUUUUCCAUCACGAAAUAAUUAAACGGGCACUUAUAAUGGCGAUGGAAAGGAAACUAGCUGAAAAGCUAUUAUUAGAUUUGUUGAAGGAUGCUUCUGAAGAAGGUUUAAUUAAUACAAGUCAAAUAACAAAAGGAUUUAGCAGGAUGAUAGAUGCUGUGGACGACUUGUCACUUGACAUUCCGAAUGCACGAGGGAUAUUACAGUCCCUAAUAUCCAAGGCUGCAUCAGAAGGUUGGUUAUGUGUUUCUUCGUUGAAGUCACUCUCAAUAAAACAGUACCCUUUACAAGAUAAUGCUACCAAAAUUUUCAAGGCAAAGGCUGAAUCUAUUAUUCAAGAAUAUUUCUUGUCUGGUGAUAUUUCAGAGGUUUGUAGCUGUCUUGAAUCAGAUAACAGUAAUGGCUCUCCUGAACUAAAUGCUAUAUUUGUUAAAAAAUUGAUAACUUUAGCAAUGGACAGAAAAAAUAGGGAGAAAGAAAUGGCUUCGGUUUUGCUGUCAUCUUUGCGCUUCCCAGCAGACCAUGUUCUGAAUGGUUUUGUUAUGUUAAUAGAAUCUGCAGAUGAUACAGCACUGGAUAAUCCGGUCGUUGUUGAGGAUCUUGCAAUGUUUUUAGCUAGAACGGUGGUGGAUGAAGUUUUGGCCCCACAACAUUUGGAGGAAAGUGAAAGCCAGUUUUUAGGUCUAGACUCAAUUGGUAGCAAAGUUCUUCAAAUGGCGAAGUCAUUGCUAAAUGCUCGACUUUCUGGCGAGCGAAUCCUUAGAUGCUGGGGCGGUGCAGGGUGCAGUAGGCCUGGAUGGGCAGUUGAAGAUGUCAAGGAUCAAAUUAGAAAGUUGCUAGAGGAGUUUGAAUCCGGAGGGGACACGAGGGAAGCUUGUCGAUGCAUAAAGGAGUUAGGCAUGCCAUUUUUCCACCAUGAGGUUGUUAAAAAGGCAUUAGUUAUACUCAUUGAGAAGAAGAAUGAAAGAUUAUGGCGAUUGCUUACUGAGAGUUUUGGUUCAGGGCUUAUAACCUCAUAUCAGAUGAUGAAAGGUUUCAGUCGGGUCGCAGAAUCUCUCGAUGACUUGGCUCUAGAUGUGCCUGACGCAAAGAAACAGUUUGUAAAUUAUGUUGAUAGAGCUAAAUUUGCAGGAUGGUUGGAUUCCUCAUUUUGUUUCAACAAAUCAGGAAAUAUUGUAGAGAAUGGCACUUGUCAAUGAUAAUGGAUUCAAGAAUCUUUUCAUAGUAACCUAAUUUGAAUACUUAAAGAACUCUUGGAGGAACUUUAUGUGCUAAAGCAGAAGAUAAUUUGACUAUUUUUGUAGUGUUAGAUCAUUUUUAGAUAUUUAGCUGUAAUUUUGUUUUGGGGGGAUAAUGAUAAUUUCUUGAAAGAGGAACACAAUAUUGAAAGUUGUAGUUUGCAUUUUAUGUAUAGUUUGCAUAUUAUUUUGCAGUCCUUC